GCUUUAUUAAAUAAGCAAGUGAUACGCCAUAUGUGCUCUGUCUGCUAAGUGAAAAUAAUCGAUUUUAACAGCCGCGAACCUUUCCAUACAAAAUAAUAGAAAUAUAAUCCAAAAUCAAAACUCGAAUACUUUCUAUUCGAAAAUAAGUCAAGAACAAACUUUUGCUGCAGUGCAUACAAAGUUUUCAUUUCCGACCGUUAAGUGAUAAAUUGAAAAAUGUAGUGACAGCAUAUGUACUUGCAUCGUAGUUCAUGGCCGUUUAACAAUAGUUGUGAUGUGAAAGUGAAAAUGAAGUAAACACAGUUAUUUUGUUUGAAAGCAGUGCUUGAAAACUACAAAUUAAACAAAUAUUUUCACAGUAUACUUAUUCCCAUUACAAAAGCAUCUCAUUUCCUCAAGACUCCUCACGUUAGAUAACAGCAGUAAAGCGCACUAAACUCCAAUUCCCUUCAACAAUAAUCAAGACAAGCACAUCCACCACAGUUAAAACUGUCGACAGCAACAACAAUAACACCUUAUCCAUUACAAUCAUCGUCCUUUCCCAUAACCAAAAAUACCUUAGAAUAGUAUCACUUCCGCUCUAGAUAAAAAUCGCUAUAUCAAAAGCACCAUCGUCACUCUGUAAGUGCUGUCAGAAUGUCCAAACCACCCACAGACACUACGGGUCUGGGCUACUCAUACCACUUGCCCUCGGGUGGUUUACUUUUACGACUCAAGAAUUCCCUCUCACAAUUUAGCGAUCUAUUCAGUGAGUUCAAUAGAUAUAUUGCACCGGCCUACCAUCAUGACCGAUGCGAACGUUCGGUGCAUAUGCGUCUUUAUUCGAUGCAAAAACGUGAAUUCGUCAUGGUCUUUCUCGGAUUUCUCAUCUGUUUCGGUUUGGCCAUUGUAAUUGGCCUCACCGGACCACCCAUUACUAGUACAUCGGAGAUCACCGCCAAAAGUAUACUGGCGAACACAUCGUUGGCUAAUAGUAAAACGGUGUUGGCAACAGGGCCGUUUGCGAUGAAAUCACCACUAAUGACCACGUACUCCCAGCAACUGUGGCUGAUUGCCAAAUUGGUGACGGACAACAAUGAUGACGAAAAAUACGAUAAGAGUUUCCAGGUGAGCGUGGCCAUUGAUGGAAUUACGGAACAACACAAACCUUUGAGCAUACUCCGCGCCGAUUCGGUUCGCAAUCGUACUCGACACUUGUCCUGCGUGCUAAACGAUUGUGAAGAAUUUACGAUACUGCAUUUGGGUUUUCUUGAAUAUGCACAUUAUAUAAUCACUGUGCGCUUCUAUGGAUUGGAGACCUUCCACCAGAAGUAUAAUAUACGCAGCAUAACAUUUUAUUUCAAAACUUAUAGUCCCGAGUUUACACAAAUCGAGAUAUGGUUCCGCUUUAUAUUUCUAUUAUUUACGUUCAUUGUAAUUUGCUGGUAUGCUCACACACUCCGCAAAUAUCCCAUCUAUGAUUGGUCUAUCGAACAGAAAUGGAUGUCCAUACUCCUGCCGCUUCUCUUGUUGUAUGACAAUCCCUUCUUUCCAUCAAUUUUCCUAAUGAACUCGUGGUUCCCUGGCAUGUUGGAUGCAAUUCUUCAAGCCACAUUUCUGUGUUCGCUCCUCAUGUUCUGGCUUUGUAUAUAUCAUGGCUUGCGGCAGAAUGAAAGGCGUUUCGUACGAUUCUACUUGCCAAAAAUUAUUGUUAUACUACCAAUUUGGCUGUGCGCCAUAGUAUUGGCCACUUGGGAGAAAUGCAACGAGCUACGCGAUCCCACCUAUAGCCACUUUGUGGACACACGAAAUUAUAAUGGCUUCAAGUUGUUCUUUUUCAUAGCUGGCUGUAUGUAUAUACUGUAUUUGGCCUUAUUAGUAUUACGCGCCUAUACUGAGCUCAGGUCGAUGCCUUAUUUUGAUAUGCGCCUGAAAUUCUUAACGCUUCUGAUGUUAUUUGUUAUCUCCAUUACCAUAACGGUAACAACAUGUCGCUUUGGCUUCGGUAUAUUGGAGGAUAAUUUUGUGGCCACACUUAAUACCACCUAUCAUAGUUCGGCGCAGUUCAUGUGCUUUUACGGGCUGUUGAAUUUUUACCUAUACACCAUGGCUUAUGUGUAUUCCCCUAAUGGUCGCUUUUCACAAGAAAUAUCUGUAACUAAGGAUAAUCCUGCAUUUUCGAUGAUAAAUGAUUCGGAUGAGGAGGUUGUAUACGGCUCGGAGGAUGAGUCACGACGUCCUCUCACUGUGGGCAACAAAAAUGAUUAUGAUAGUGAUUAAAUAGUAAGAUAAAGUAUAUUUAUAGGUGGCAUAUUUUGGAACACAAUAAUUUUUCUGUAGUGAAAUGCUAAUGUGUCGUUUUUCUUCAUUUCUGAUAAGCAAAUAUUUUUCUAGGACACUUCUAUAAGACCUAUUUACGCUUCUGUAUCUUCUAUUUUAAUUUGUAAUUAAAACCCGUUUUCCAUUGUCCUUUUUUAAUAUUUACUAAAUUAGGUAAAUUUUGUCCCUCUUUUAAUUUAUUAUUAUUUUUUUUUGUUCUGUUUACGAACUUUUAAACGAGAUGUAUUAAUAAAAUAUUUAAUAUAUGUAUAUGUACCAUAA